UGGGAAUUAUUUUAUUUGUCGACUAACGAUAUUUUUGGGUGCUGAACAUUGGCGAAAAUAGCAAAUAACAGGCUAAUCAAUCGAAAAAUUUCACAUCCCUAAUUGCGCGCCUUAAUUUUUGUGAUAUUUGCAAACGUUUCGAAGAUUUUUUUGAUUCCGCAAAGUGCUUUUCGGGAAAACAGUGUUCGGGUAAAUAAGCCAUUGAGAAUGUCCAGCGAAGCAGGAGUAGCUUCCAAAUGGACGCGGCCAGAUGACUUCAUCAAACUGCAGCGGCUUAAGCAGAAAAAGAACAAAUUGGCCGCCCGCGUGAGCAACAACAACAAUAGGCGGCCAGGACUUCAAGUGGAUGAGACGGAUAAGAGCAAGCUACUAGAGGCUAAGCUCGCCCAGAAGCGAAAGAAUCCAUUUGCGAAAUCCACAGACGAUGCCAAGAAAUUCUGCAUUGAUCCGCACCUGCCGGACCUCGGACCGGUGGUCACUGCCUCCUCCUGCUUUGUGCGGGAAACGCCCACGCGCCCGCCGCCCACGAAGUUCGUGCUCCAAAAAUACGACCCCCAAGCCUUUGCCAAGCUCUUUCAGCAGCCCCAAAUCAAAGCUGAGGACGAGGAGGAUGCGGAGUUGGCCGCCCGGCAGAAGCACACCCCACACCUACCUGUGGACUGGUCCCUGAAGACUCGGGCCCGCUUCUUUUGUCCCACGGAGCUACCGGCCAUCCAACUGAAGACCUCGCAGCUGGCCAGCGGACUUACCAGCUUCGUGCGCUGCAUGGAUCCGCAGCGUACGGACAGCACGCUGGAUAUCUCGGACGCCACGCGGUUCAACCAAUGCAACUACUACUGGCAGCAUCCGCACCUGCCCUGGCUGACUCUCUUUCCGCGCACAGCCAAGGAGAACGUGGGUGUGGUGGUGGGCGAGCGGGAACGCAAGGCUUUGGCCGAGGAGUGGGACUACAGCUUCCGGGGACUAUUCCAGCUGCUACGUGCCCGUCAGUGCCCUUACUUCUACCUGUGUGCCAACACCUUUACGGUGUUGUUCCGAGCUGCUGGAGUGGGCGGUCGGGCGGAGAGCCACGCCUUGGUCACGCCCUCGACUCGGGGUAUGCGACAAGCUCUCCGACAGGAGGGCAUCGAGUUCAGCAUGCCUCUUAAGAGCGAGACCUCUGGAAACGCGCACGACAACAGUUUUACCGAGGAGAGCACUACCAGCUCCUUGGGGCCAGAUGCGGGGGAAGAUGCUCCUCCGCAGGCCCAGGAAGAUGAAGACGACGACGAGGACUGGCUGGAGAGCUUGGGCGUGGAUGAGCGCGAGCUGCGACGUAUUCAGUCCUCUCACGCCAGGAAGCAACAAGCUGCCGAAAUGCGAGAGGACUUUAGCGACAAUUCUCUGCUGCUGGUCGACGGCGUGGAGUGCCAGGGCUUCUUUAGCUAUCUCCUAAAUGCCAAGAGUGCCAUCAGCACAGUGGGCCGUCUGGCCGGAGUGCCUCCCACUCUGCUGUCGCCAGUUGCCUUCCCCAAGGCCACCAUGCAGCACUUGGUUCCGCGGUCCAAGAAGGUGCGCCUGGACGGCGUCGACUACUUCAGCAUAGACAUAAAGGGCCUGAUCCUACCUACAUUCCUGCCUAGCGUUGCGGAGCUGCUGUCCGAGACGCGUCAGAUGUUUAGCUCCACGCUGGCCAGUAGCACCAAUACGCUGGCCUUUAGCAAGGCCACCCAAAAGCUGCUCGAGAGUCCGGAAAAGCCACAGUCAAAUGCAGAAGGAGAAGAUGCCGCCGGGCAGGUCUUUGGCGAGCAGAAUCUUUCGGAGUGCGGUCUGCUACCAGGAGUAGUGGGCUCCAUCUGCCGCACUGGCCAACAUGCCGUCGGUCUUCUGGAGCGCGUUUGCUAUCAAAAGGAUGAGGGAUAUGCUUGGAGCUAAAGACCAAGUGUUCAAGGGCAGCUGUUUUCUUAAUCUGUACAUUUGUUACGUGAAAUAAAAUAUUUUAC